AUGUCUGCUCCCUGGGACGUCGUGUUCAAUGAAGAGUUCGAUGAGAACUUUGGGAUGGACCUAUAUGAUGAGUGCGAGAAAUACUCAAAAUUAUAUACUAUAUCGGAUCUCGCAGAACUUGAUGGCUUGAACCAAAAACUUUCGGAUGAUGACAACGAAGACACCGAAAGCUCUUCAUGGGACAGCAUGCCAAGUCUCGUUUCUGCUAGCGAUGAAGGGGCAGAUUGUUACACCUCCGACUACAACGAUGAGAUUGAGUGGGAUACCGUAGUUGAUUUUUGGCCUGUCUCCCAAAAUGAAGGAGACCAAAUGGGUCAGGAAAGUGGUCCCCCCAUAGACUGGGACUUUGAAACUUCCAAUGAACCCAUAGAACAAGAGCCAUUAUUCAAGACCAUCAUGAUCGAUACUCCUGAAACCUUUGACGAGUUCCUGCCAAUUUUGUCACAGCUGAUGGAAGACGUCCCAGAGCUCGGAUGUGACUGCGAGGGUGGGAAGACUUUUGGUCGUAUUGGAGUCCUUACAUUUUUCUCAAUGUCAAUUCUUUCUCGGAGAGAGACAUACACCAUAGAUGUCUGGGUGCUUCUGAAACUCGGAAUACAAGUCUUCGACCAAGAGAAUGCAGAAGGGCUGUCAUUAAAGAAAGUUUUGGGAUCAAAGAAAUAUCUACAACUUUGGUUUGAUGUUCGACAGGACUGGGACACCCUGUAUCACUUGUUUGGAGUUACACCAGGAAGAAUUAUUGACCUCCAAUUGCUAGAGUUUCUGUCACGCAGAGGUUCAAAGCACAGUAUUAUGGGAUUAUUUAGAAUCAUGAGGGAUCAUGGCAGGGCUUUCAUGAGCAGUGAAGAGCAUGAAGCUUGGUUAGAUGAGAAGGAAGAAGGUCGUCAAUAUUUCAGCGGCCAUAAACUGGGCUAUGGUGUUUUGGAGGAGGAGCGGCCUAUUAGCGAUACCACCAAGAGGUACAUUGCAGGCGAUACGGAUUGCAUGUUCCAUUUAUACUUCCAUCUCAAGCAAAAGUUAAGAGAUUGGGAGGAGGAAAUGCAGAUAAGUAUGUCCGAGAAGACUACCGAGCCUGCAGCUCUGGUCGAGCCACGUCUCAGAAAGGAUUGGUUGACUUUUAUUGAGGAGCAAUCAAUACUCAGGGCCGAGCUCGCAAUGGCCCCUGAAUAUGACCCCAAUGAUGAAGUUGGGAAGUAUAGCGCACCAGAAGCACUUUUGGAGAUCUCACGACGACAGAGUGAUCCUGAAAGAGCUGCUGCGAGGCGUGCCAAGGAAAUUGAGUGCUCAUUUUUAAUUUGA